AUAAUGGGACAUGGACCGGGAAGGGGGGACACUGAGCCCGGAAUGGGACACGGCCCGCGGCAGGCGGCCGGAGCCGGCGGGGCAGAGCGGUGAGGGCGGCGGCCACAGCUGAGCGGGCGCUAGGGGGUGCUGCUGGCCGAGGGCACCAGAGGGCACCCGACCAGCCUCCCGAAGCGAGCCCGCGGCCAGCGCUGCCGCGGCCAAAGUACCGCUUUGGGAGCUUCUUUGAAUAAAAUAUUUAGCGUAAGUUUAAUGUAGACAGUCUCACGGCUAUGUGGGUGCGAGUUAACUACAGUAAGUACGGUAGCACAGAUGGCGCCGUACUCUGGUAAAUACGGUAGAGUCCUCCGGGCUCGCGCACCCUCCCGGCUCGCGCGCUGCCGCAGGCGACAUCACCCCCUGGCGGCACCGCACGUCGGUGCCCCGGAACAGGAGACCGAUGAGGGCGCGGCGCCGUGCGCGAGACGUUCCGGGGCCGCUGGCGUUUGCGGCGCGGAGCGGCGGGGAAGGCUUUAGGCGGCGGACCGGCGGUGCCAGAAACAAGAGCUUGGGCUGCAUCUCCAAGUUUAGACCUCCAACCUCAGCAUCCUGAUCUGGUGCCACCUUUGGGAGGAUGAAUCAGGACAGUUACUCAAGUGAUCAGCCCACGGGCCAGGACCCACUCGUACUGCUGAAAACCCUUCAGCUUCUCUGGACAAAGCAGGAGCUGGGCAAGCUCAAGGAAGAAAUCAGGCGUGGCUUUGCCAGACUGGAGGACCCUUUGGCAGGACUCCUGGCCAUGCUGGAGAGCAGCAGUGAUUGGAAGGGGAAAAGGCAUUCCCUGGGGUAUUGCAUCACCACGGAGUUGCAGCUUUGGAUAAAAGAACAUCCUGCUGUCCCACAGUCUGGCACCAAGCUGAAGAAGCUGCAGGCCCGUGUGCUCGGAAUGCUCUCCCAGUGCCCAGCUAAUCUGCUUGACCCCCUGAUUAGCAUUUACCAGCUCCACACAGCAGACCGGAACUAUUUGCUUGAACAUGUCAGUCAUCUUUAUCUCCAGGGCAAUUACAAAGAGGCAGCCAUACUGAGUAUUAAGCUGAAAUUACAGCCAGAUCAAGAUGUAGAGAAGAUGUGCACCCCACUACUGCUCCAGGAUAAAGCCAACCUGGUGGAAGAAUACGUGGCAGAAUAUCCAGAGCUCCAGAGGAAGCUCUUGCAGACCCUGGACACGUGGUGUGAGCCCAGCUUCAAUAUCAGAGACAUCAUAAGACCAUAUCAAGGCCUGUCCAAGUACAAACCCGAAAAAUUCAACCGCAGAGUGUUCAGUAAGCUCAUCUUCAGGCUCCUGGAGAGAUUCAACGUUGACUCAGCCCUCUGCCCUAACGUCAUAAAUCAGCGGCACUUGAGAACCCUGAAUUACCUCUUUUACAAGAGAUUUGUUGAGAAAACCAUGACUGAGGAGAAUUGGGCAGACCACAUUCAGAGCACAGUCGGGGAGAACCGGUGGCUCCAAAGACACCUGGUGCAGUCGCUGCUCCGUCACUGCGACGUGCGUGGGGCAGCGCAGUGGGCGCAGCACUGCCGGGUGCCCCCCGAGAUGCUGCCUCAGGCUGUGACUGAGGAGCUUCAGAAGAUGCACAUGCAGGACAGGGUAGAAGAGGUCACAAAAGCAGAUAAUUAUGAGGCCAGUAAGAAGAAGGACUAUUACCAGCUUCCUAUUCCACGGGAAAAUAUUCACUUUCUGCAGACUUGGGAGGAGACACUGCAGUGCUGGGAGAAGGUGCUGCAGGCUGGGCAGGUCGUUGGUGUGGACAUGGAGUGGAAGCCUUCCUUUGGCAUGGUGGGGAAGCCCCGUGUUGCCCUCCUGCAACUUGCAGUGAAGGAUGAGGUGUUCCUGUUGGACCUGCCAUGGCUCCUUGAGCAAGCCGAGGCUGAGGGGGAAAAGGAGAAGCUUCCCCAUUUCAUCCAGAUGCUCUAUUCAGAUGCAGCCAUUACUAAACUAGGUUAUGGGAUGUCUGGAGACCUCAGCAGCCUUGCAGCCACAUGUUCUGCUCUGAAAGACACAGAGAAGCAAAUGCAAGGUGUGGUGGAUCUUCUUGCAGUGGACAAACAACUGCAGUGGGGGAAGGACAGCAGGAAGGUCGAUGGACUGUCCCCAGAACACAGCCUCGAGGAGAGAGGGGUCAGGCAGCCGGAGAAGGGACUCAGCCUCCUGGUGCAGCAUGUGCUGGGGAAGCCUCUGGAUAAAACAGAGCAGCUGUCAAACUGGGAGAAGAGGCCGCUCCGGGAGGAGCAGAUCCUCUAUGCAGCCUCAGAUGCCUACUGCUUGCUGGAGAUCUAUGAGAGGCUCUGCAAGGAUCCCGAGAGCUUCGGUCUGGGUUCAGACCUUACUGAGAGUCUGGUGGGGAAACAGAGCAAAAAACCCAGGGCUAAGAAGCAGCUGAAUAAACAAGCACCAUCACCUUCUGGACAGGAAUUCCAAGGACCCAGAAUGGAGCCUUCACGCCCUCCUGCCCCUAUCUCCCCCCAGGAGUUCAGCGUGGUCUGUGACAACAUGCUGCAGGGCCUGGGACGCUACCUGCGCUGCUUGGGCGUGGAUGUCCGGCUGCUGGACAAUGAGGAUGACCACAGGAAAGCUGCUGAAAUUGCCCGACAGGAAGGAAGAGUCAUUUUGACCUCUGGACUCCCAUAUCAGACUCUGCGCUCCCAGGUGGGAGAAGGAAGGUGUUUCUCUGUGAACUGCUCCCAGAAGGCGAAGGAACAGGCGCUGCAGGUGCUGAAGCACUUCAACGUGCAGGUGUCCCUGGGUGACAUCUUCAGCCGCUGCCAGCCUGGGAAGCCCACAGGGAAGUCUGAGCCAUGGGAUGCAGGUGUGCAAUUGCAACAAGUACCUGAAGGUCUCACGGGAGAGGAUGAAGCAGCUGGUGGAGAGCAGCAGACAAGUGUCAGGGGAACACAGUGCAGGGUGCAACAGAAUAACAGGAGCAUCUUCAUGUGCUCAAGCAGAUCAGGGAUGGACCAGGGGCUGCAGUGGUGAGACCAGCCAGAAACAACCCCCCCAGGCUCAGCUGGGUCGUGCUCUGCCAGCUUUCCCUCUUCAGUGGAAUUCACUUGCUCAUUUGGAAAAGCAGGACAGGUCUGGGACCCGGUGACAUUGCUGUGUGUGCUGGCUUGCAGAGCUCUGCUGUGCCUGCUGACAGGCACGCUGCGCCCAGCAUGCCCCAGGAAGGAGCUGGGGGCCAUUCAGAGCCAAGGACCAUUGCAUGCUGCUGCCCAGCACUAGGUACAGGGGCUGGCAGGGUUCUCUUCACAGCGGCACGGGGAGAUGAGAGCAGCUGGAGCUGCCUCUUGCUUGAGCUCAUCCUCCCUCCUCCACCCUGGGAACAUCUUAAGAUCACGGCCAGGCUGCUGCAGCCCAGGUUGCACAAUCCCGGGUCCUUUGUCCUUUGCUUAUCUGCCUUAUCAAGGAGGAAAAGAUAACCAGGCAUCUUCAGUGCCCUGCAAUCAGCACAUUUCUCAGGCUCGUAACUCCUCUUAUCAGGCUGAUCUCUCACCGAGGCAAAGGUUUCCCGUGCACCUUUGUACUCCAAGAAUGCUCGCAGGUCUGCGUUCAGCCUUGUGCAAAGCCUCGACAAAGCUGCGAGCUUUCUCCCCAGCCCCCCAGCCCCGGCUGCGGCUGAGCCCUGCACACCGCUGCGAUGGCUCUGGCUGUGGCGGGGGCAGGGCUCGGGGCUGGCACAGGGCUCGGGGCUGGCACAGGGCUGCCGGACCCACAGCCUCUCCAGAGGCAGCAGGAGCUGCCAGGUGCUUGCCUGAGCCAGCUGGGACAGGCACCCAGCUCCUCACCCCAAGGCCUUGGUUCGGGCAGGCGUGACACAGAGGGAUCUGGGCUAGAAACAGGGCCCGUGGGGCAGGAUUUUGGGCAGAAGUACCUGGCUCCCUGGGAAGUUUUUGGCUACCACCCUGAUACUGAAACCCUGGGGGUGCCCAGGGCUCACACAGUGGGGACAGGUUGCUCCCAGCCAAAUCAGGGCUGGGUGGGCUGCGAAAGGGGAAUGGGCACAGGUUCAAAAGAGGAUUGCCCUGAUCCUGCUCUGACCCAUCUUUCCAAGCCCUGCUGUGCCCCCCUGUCCUGCUGGGAAGUCCCGGUGCUGUCCCAGUAGUGCUGACCCAGCAUUCCAGCAUUGCAGCUGACACAAUAGGCUGGAGGGACUACAGUUCACCAGUGUCAUCAUCACGGUGGCCUUUCAAUGUGACCCCCACUAAGAGCCCCUCUGUGUGGGGGAAUGUGCAUCCCCUUGCCCACAGUGGGCAGCCCCUGUCCUGUCCCAUGUCCAUCCCGCUGGGCUCAGCCCCAUGUCCAUGAGCAGGACCUUGCAGUGAGGCACAUGAAGCUGCAGUUCCUGUCUCAUCCCUAUCUCGGGACAGGUCACUUUGCCCCCACAGCCUCCCUGUGGCAAUAGUUCAGGGUUUUUGUGGGACUACCAGAGUGAUCCCGGUGGCUGUGGGUCCCAGAGGCUGCCAUGUCCCCCCAGGUGAAUGGACUGUUGGUCCCUUGGACUGCCCAGAGCCUGUUCAGUGCCCAGGCUGUGGGAUUGGCCUGUGGCGUGGGUCGGCCCCACUGUCUUGGUGCUGGUGAUUGGGGAUGAAAGAAGGAGAUCCAAUCCAGGCUGGGGAGCUCCUGCUGCACCCACCUCAUGGAGCAUGGGGCCACCCCACCCUGGGGCAUACAGUAGGGGCUUGAGCACAAAGCAGGGCUGCUGCAGAGGUGACAAGUGUGUGCAGGGGUGGGAUCCCACCACUGAGAGUGGCCCUGCUUAGCUCAGGAAAGAACCUGAUGCAGAAAUAAGCAGAAUGGGGGUGCUUCAGCAUCCCCUCUCCCCUGGACAUGGCAGCAUUUGCUGGCGGUGAGACGUCAUGGUGGGAAGAGCAGCAGUUUUUGCUGUUCCCAUGGGAUUAAUUCCCACAGGUAAGCAGGGGUGGGCAGGAGCUGUGAGUGGGAAGCACGUGCGAGGCCACGAGGAGAUGGCUCUUGUGCUGAGCACUGCCCAGCUGGGGACAGUGCCUGGGGACAACUGUUGCUGCCUGUGGAGCUCUGCAGCACUCACGUGGGGGUGCCCAGCUCUGGGGGGCUGGGGGCUGUAGGGCUCGGCCCCUCACCCAGGGUCUGUCAUCUCCAGGGUGACCCAGCCAAGAGGAGGAGAGGUGGGUGAGAGGCAAAGGGGUUUUUAUUUUCAAGAUGUUUUAUAACGGGAUUAUUAGUUCCCAAUAAGUGUUUUGAAUUGAUUCGGUAAGGAAUGGCUUUCCUUUCUGCUCCAUGGGGAUGUGGUGGGAAUCCAGCCCUUGGUGUGAACGUCACAGAGCUCUGCAAGCCACAGAUCUGACAAGCUCCCAGCACAUGGGAAGGAUACGCUGGGCUCCCCAUGCACCCUACACAUGCCUUUUGCUCCAUCUCUGCUGGAACUCCGGGGUGUGCAGCAUCCAGGCAAGCUGGGACGCAGUCCCAAGGAAGCCAUGGCUCCACUGGGGAGGCCUCUGCUUGUCUGAAAGGGGAGAAAAAAAACCCUCCCUCAAACCCCCCCCCGCCCCCGUUUUCCCCUGGAAACCCCUGCUUUUCUGGGGGACCCAGCCUUUCCCAGCUCAGUUUUCCUGUGUGUCCAGCUGGCAUCCUGUGCGUGGCGCCUGGUGGCCCUUUCACCCUGUCGGUGAAGAGAGCACAGGCAUCUUCAAAAGCCCUGGGAAGAAUUUGGUGGGAGGGGGAGAAGGGGUUUUACAAGCUCCCAUUCAGAAAUGGUCACUUUGAAGUGAUGUAGCAUUUUCAACCCUUUGAAGAGCCACAAUUAGGAGGGGGCUGGUGCAAGCAAAGGCAAAACUACGGGGUGACCAUCACGGCCUUUCUCUCCUCAGGCUUUUAAGGGAUGAACUUUCCCUCCCUGCCUGCCUUUUUCCCACGAGCCCAGGGGGUGGGAUUGGGGUGUUUUGGGGGAGCUGGAGGUUUCCCAUUCCCCUGUGCAGGAAAGGAGGGGUUUGCCAUUGGCUUUGCCCACCAGCAGCAGGACAGCAGAGGGAGUGUGUUGGAAGAGAGAGCAAAUUACUCCAUAUCCCUGCAGGCACACGGAAUGGCAGUGUCCUGUCAGUGUGCUGGUGCCAUGCUCUGGCCAGGGAAAUUUUAGGGUCCAUGAUGGGGAAAGCUGUUGGCCAUGGGUGCUGCGUGCUGUCAGUGUCAUUUCCAUUGCAUUGGAUCUAAAAGUCCCACCCAAGGUUGAUGUCCCUCCCUUCAGGGUCUGGGGCACGAGAGCAGAGAGGAUGGGAGAAAAAAGGGUGCCCAGGCUGAGGCCACCCUAUGCCACCAAACACAGUAGUGGCACAGGGCAGAGCGGGGGUGGGAACAGCAUGAGGACAGAGCCGCUGUUCUUGCCUUGGAGAUCUGCCACCCGCUGGCAGGCUUUAUCCUGGAGAAACCCCUGGGAAAUGGACUCCUCCUCCACAUCCCUGCUCUGGGUGGCUCAGGAAUCUCCCGAGAGCAGCCUGGGUGUUUCACCACUUGCCAGAAAUUUGAGAAAAUGGGAAACUGAGGUCGUUGUUUUCCCUUUAGGAUAGAUGUCAGUGUCCAAAGCAGAUGUGGAGGGUGAAGGAAAGGCCUAUCCGUGAGUGAGGCCAUAGGGCACUUGUUCAGGGCACAGCCCUGAUUAACCCAGCUCUUGCCCAGUAUCUCAGAUGGGGCUUGGGGCUGCUUCCCCUUGUGCUGUGGCAGCAAACCCCAAACUGGUGCUGCUGCUCGGCAAUGUGGUGGUGAAGAGCUGGCCUGCAAAUCCCCCAUGAAAACAUCCCCAGGGACAGCCAUGACCCUGAACAUGGCUGUUGGUGUGCUGGGAACUGGGGGUGACUGUGCUCCACCAGCUCGGGCUGGUAAUCUGCCCUGGGG